GGUAGAGUGUUUCCGGCGGAGUGCGUAGGAGAAGAUGGGUCGGAGCCGGAGCAGGUCACCAGAGAGACGGAGAGAGCAAAGACGUUCCAGGUCUGCCUCCAGGGAACGUGAGAGGAGGAGACGAGAGCGCUCAAGGUCCAGAGAGAGACGAAGAAGUCGUUCACGAUCUCCACACAGACGUCGCUCGAGGUCUCCCCGCAGACCCAGGUCCUCUUCUUCUCUCUCACCUGGUAGGCUGAAGGAGGAAGGUAAAGACUCCAAAGUGGUUAAGGAACGGCAGAUAGCAGCGGAGGAUCUGGAGGGAAAAACAGAAGAAGAGAUAGAAAUGAUAAAGCUCAUGGGUUUUGGCUCUUUUGAAACUUCUAAGGGGAGGAAAACUGAUGGGUCAGUUAAUGCAUAUGCCAUAAAUGUGUCACAGAAACGAAAAUACAGGCAAUACAUGAACCGAAAAGGAGGAUUCAACAGACCACUAGACUUCAUUGCCUAAGCCCUGAGAGCAGCAAGUUGGAGGAUGUGCUGUAUGUGUCCUCAGGACUCUUUCCAAUGCACGUAGAAGUAAACCUGUUUGCCAUUGCUGACUCCUUUUGAA